CCUGUCUCUGUGAAUGAGCGCUGCUCCUUCCCUUCCUCCCUGGAAGCGCAGAGAGACUGACUCAGAGAGAGAGGGUCCCUGAGCCUCUGCCGCCUGGCUGGGUCCUUCCUUCCUUCCUCGCUCGCUUCCUUGCCUCCUUCUCCGGGGGAGAUGCGGGGCCCCUCCUGCUGGCCUCUGGGGCUGGCGCUGGUGCUGGGCGGCUGGCUGAGGCUGCGGGCGAAGGGCGCCGUGCCCCUGGAGGACUUCUACCCCUUCGGCCCCGGCAGCGGAGACGCAGCCACCCCGAGGCAGGACGACGGCGGCUCCGGAGCACGCCCCCUCCGCGCCAGGAUCCCCUUCUUCGGGGCAGCCCACAACGCCCUCUACGUAAACAACAACGGAAUCAUCUCCUUUUUGAAAGAGGUGUCUCAGUUUACGCCAGUAGCAUUUCCUAUCUCCAAUGACCGGCGUGUGGUUGCAGCUUUCUGGGCUGAUGUAGAUAAUCGCCGUGCAGGAGAAGUGUAUUACCGGGAAACCAAAGACCAGACAAUCUUGGAACGAGCCACUAAGGACAUCUGGCAGUAUUUUCCAGAAUUCCCAGACUUUUCUGCCCAGUGGGUAUUCAUAGCCACAUGGUACCAAGUCACCUUCUUUGGAGGAAAUUCCCUGUCUCCAGUAAAUACCUUCCAGAUUGUCCUCAUCACGGAUGGCAUGCUUUCCUUCACUAUCUUCAACUAUGAGUCCAUCACCUGGACCACUGGCAUGCAUGCCAGCAGCGGAGGAGACUCAGCAGGCCUGGGAGGCAUUGCGGCCCAGGCAGGUUUCAAUGCCGGUGAUGGAAAACGAUAUUUUAACAUCCCUGGAUCCCGUACAGAUGACAUUGUCGACGUGGAGAUGACGACAAAUGUGGGUAUCCCCGGGCGCUGGGUGUUCAGAAUCGAUGAUGCCCAGGUGCAAGUGGGGGGCUGCAACAACACAACUUCAGUUUGCCUGACACUCCGCCCUUGUCUAAAUGGAGGAAAGUGUAUUGAAGACUGCAUCACAGGGAAUCCCUCCUACACCUGUUCUUGUCUGGCUGGCUUCACUGGAAAACGAUGUCAUAUCGAUGUGGAUGAGUGUGCUUCCAACCCAUGUCGGAACAGAGCCUCUUGUAUUGAUGGGAUCAACAGCUUCAGUUGUCAGUGUCCACCAGGAUUUAAAGGAGCUACAUGUGAAAUUGAGGAGUCUCCAUGUGAAGCCAAAGAAUGUCAUAAUGGUGGAGAAUGCCAGGUCACAAACAGAACAGCUGUGUGCCUUUGUCAGUCAGGUUAUACUGGAGAAGAUUGUGAGAUAGAAAUAAAUGAAUGCGAGUCCAACCCAUGCCUGAAUGGUGGGCGAUGCAUAGACCUGGUGGACAAUUUCACUUGUGUGUGUGUGGUGCCAUUCACAGGACAGCGCUGUGAAACAGAUCCUACAGCCUGUGAGGGCAGGAACUGCAAGAACCGGCAGACAUGCAACUAUAUUCGCCCUGGGCGCUACAUCUGCACAUGCUCUCCAGGCUACUAUGGGAACAACUGUCAAUAUGGUGGACCAAGAAUGCCCAGUGCAUGUAUCUCCAAUCCAUGCCAGAAUAAGGGCACUUGCCUUGAAACCAGCCAAGGUUACGUAUGUGAGUGUGCUGAAGGAUACACAGGCACAGAUUGCAGAGAUAAGCUCUCUGGGGACUGUGAGUGUCGAAAUGGAGGAACGUGUCUCGAUGGAAACGUAACUAUAUGCCAGUGCUCACCUGGAUAUUUUGGUCUUCUCUGUGAAUUUGAAGUGACUGCUACACCUUGCAAUAUGAACACCCAGUGCCCAGAUGGAGGCUACUGCAUGGAAUAUGGAGGCAGUUAUCUUUGUGUGUGCCAUACGGAUUAUGGGACUAACCACACUGAGCCACCCUCUCCCUGUGACUCGGAGCCUUGCCUGAAUGGUGGAUCGUGUGAAGCUCAAGAAGACUCCUACACUUGUGAAUGUACCCGAGGCUUCAUUGGCAGGCACUGUGAGAAAGCAAGGCCAAAGCUGUGCAGCUCCAGCCCUUGCCGCAAUGGAGGGACAUGUAAGGAAUCAGAUGGUGAAUACCACUGCACCUGCCCCUACCGGUUUACAGGAAAGCACUGCGAGAUAGGUAAACCUGAUCCCUGUGCCUCAGGGCCUUGUCAAAAUGGAGGCACCUGCUUCCAUUACAUUGGCAAGUACAAGUGUGACUGCCUUCCAGGGUAUGCUGGACGACACUGUGAGAUAGCUCCUUCUCCUUGUAUUUUGCAUCCAUGUGAAAAUGGAGCCACUUGUGAAGAUCUUGGCCACAGCUAUGUCUGCAUAUGCCCAGCUGGUUACACUGGAAGGCUCUGUGAAGCAGAGGUAGAUUGUGGCAAGCCCAAUGAGGUGAAGCAUGCUCAUGUGACAUUCAACUCAACUAAGAUAGGCUCUCUGGCUGAAUAUCAGUGUGAUCUUGGAUAUGCUUUGAGUCCUCAGAACAACCCUAGGGUGUGCAGAGCAAAAGGUGCCUGGAGUGAUCCUCCACAGUGUAAUGAAAUUGAUGAGUGCCAGUCUCAGCCGUGUCUGAAUGGGGGCUUGUGUAAGAAUCGAAUUGCUGCUUUCCUCUGCUUGUGCAAAGGUGGCUAUACAGGACACCACUGUGAGUUGGAGAUUGAUGAAUGUCGAUCGGCUCCUUGCAAGAAUGGUGGGACCUGCAAAGAUCACCCAGGAUCCUUUAUCUGUCAUUGCCCAGAGGGUUUCAUUGGAAUCCAGUGUGAAACGGAAGUGGAUGCCUGUGAAUCAAAUCCUUGUCGGAAUGGAGGAGACUGUGAAAAUUAUAGUGGUUCAUACCUGUGUGUCUGUCCAGAAGGUUUCCUUGGCUACCACUGUGAAAUAGAGAGGCCUGUGCCACCUUUAAGAACAACUGUUUUGAACUGUUCAUUGUGCACAUCUUCCUCAGCUAGUGACCCUUGUUUCUCCAACCCCUGUGGGAGCAGAGGCUACUGUCUGCCCAGUAACGGAUCUCACAUCUGCACCUGCAAAGUGGGCUAUACUGGCAAGAACUGUGAGAAAGAGCUGCUGCCACCAACGUCAUUAAAGGUGGAAAAGGUGGAAGAGACUGGGCUGUCAAUCUCUUGGCACCCUCCCAAGGACCAGGCUGCCAGGCAUAUGAUUGAUGGCUACGCCGUGACGUACGUAUCCUUCGACGGCUCUUACCGCUGGACUGAUUAUGUGGACCGAAGCCGUGCUGCCCACCAUUUGCGGGCACUAGCCUCCGGCAAAGCCUACAAUAUUUCUGUCUUUUCAGUCAAACGCAAAUCGAACAACAAGAAUGAUAUCAGCAGGCCCGUCAUGCUCGUCACUCGUACUAGACCCCAGCCAGUGGAAGGAUUUGAAAUUGCCAAUGUGACUGCCACAACCAUUACUGUGCAGUGGGCUCUCCAUAAGCUGAAGCACGCCACAGUCAGCAAAGUGCGUGUGUCCAUCCGGCAGCCGGAGGAUGUGGAGGAUCGUGCAGUGGAACUAAACAACACUGUAACAAAAUACACAUUCUGGGACCUUCAGCCAGGACAGAAGUAUCUUCUCCACAUGUGGACCCUGAGUGGCCUCAGCACAGAAGACCAUCCUACUGAGAGCUUUGUGACAGCACCCGUCUAUGUCUGGACUCGACCUCUUCCUCCUAGAAACCUCACUGCAUCCAGAGUCACAGCCACCUCUGUUCAGAUGGUUUGGGAACAGCCCCUGGUGGGUUCUGGUGAUGGUUACAUCAUCAAUGUCACCACCAGUCAGAAUAUGAAGAGUCGCUAUGUGCCCAACGGAAGGUUGUCUUCCUACACAGUGCGUGACCUGAACCCAGGUCAAAGGUAUCGCUUAUCCGUAAUGGCUGUCCAAAACACGGAUCAAGGGCAAUUGACUAGCGAACCUGCCCAUCUCUACAUUACAGCCUUGCAGAAGGAUGGCAAUCCAGAAAGACGCUGGAGCCAAACGGGGCAUCCUCGCGUACUGAGAAACAGAGUCCCCCCAGCAUUCCUGCCAGAACUGCGUCUGCUUGCAGAUCACAACACCCCUGAGGAACCCUCCCUAGCACCCAGGUUUACAGAGCUAGUGGAUGGCAGAGGGAGGAUCACCACUAAAUUCAACAGCUCACCAAGUAGAUCCGUCACUGUAAGAACACAACCUGAAGCUCCCAUAAAAGUGGAAGAACAUACAGAGGAAUCAACCAAGGCCAACCUGGCAUUGCAGCUACCAGAAUCAGAGAACAAUAAGAAAGAAAGUGACAGGCAGAACUGUUCUGUAAACUACUGCAAGAACGGAGGGACAUGUGUUGCUGGCUCAGAUACUUACCAUUGUGACUGUAAUCCUGGAUUCAAGGGCAGACAAUGUGAACUGGCCUGCAAGAAAGUGCCUCAGUCUUGUACUCGGCUCUACUCAGAAACCAAAUCCUUUCCGGUCUGGGAAGGAGGUGUUUGUCAUUAUCUAUACAAGAGGGUCUACAAAGUGCACCAGGAUGUCUGCUACAAGGAGAGCUGUGAAAGCACUGUUACAAAUAAGGCACUCAGCAGAAAACAAAGUAAUAGACACUGAAGCCUUGUCGAACCAAAAUCUUCAGCAUUUCUGCAAACUGGAUUGAAAAAGAAGGGGGGAGACUGCACUAGCAUGAGCUCUGGACCUUUUCCCUUUGUCUUGUUCAGGAGGUGUUCACCAGAUAGCCAUAUCUCCCUCUCUUUGACAAGAUCAUGAAGACUCACUUGCCUUUUCAGAUGCCUUUUCAUAGCACCUAUUUUUUUUGUACAGGAUGAAUGACAUGUUAGAAAAAUUUCUCAGGACUGCUGUGCUUAGUGGGCCACUUGCAACAAGAAUAUAGCUCUGGCUUACCAAUAACUGAGAUACUCAUCAUGUAGUCUGAGGUUAAUGAGCCACCUUAAAUGAAAAAGUAGUCUGGAGGGAGGCACCUGUGUUCUAGAUUAAAACCAAAAAGGAGAACCUCACUGCCACAAAUAUUUGGUGUUCAAUGCCAAUUUCAGGUUUAAAAUAAUUUCCAUUUCCAAACAGUGACUUUUAAAAAUUAUGUAGUUAUUAUUGUUUCCCAUUAACUGCAAGACAGCCAGCAAUCAAGCAAGUUGUGCUAUUGCUAGCAGAUUUUUAACAUUUCAAACGUUAUGCUAGUGAGUCUAUGUCUACCUUUUUUAAAAAAGAUCGAAACAGACUUUUAGUUGUACAGCUUCUAGUCAUGCUGUUUUAUAAAGCUGCAAGGAUACCAUGCAUUAAUAGACAUGUCUAAAGCCCUUCUACUCUGCCUCUGCUUCUUUGAUGGGUAAAGCAUCUUCUUGUGAUGCCAAUAGAGGAAAAAGGGUAAAACAUCAUUUUUCUCCAUUCUUCUUCCCAAAUGUUUGUUGCCUAUAGUACUUAAGGACGGCCAGCCACUCAAGGAGCAUUACUGUUUCUUAGCUUUUGAGUUUGUAUGACUAGUUAAAUAUAAGAUUGUGUUAAUAUACAUACUGUAUAUUUUAUAAAUUAAUACAGCCAGGGGUUCAUUUAUAGUUUUAAACUACUAUUCCUUCAGUAGCAAUGAGGCUCUGACAGGCCAUUUGGUUAUAGCAGAAAAUUAACUCUGUAUCCUGGCAGACUUUGAGAGUUGUAAAUAUAGUUUCUUCAAUGAAGUGGGGAGCAUUCCUUGCAAAAGGAAUAUCAUUUCCAGCAGGGAAAAAUGGCAACCCUCACUUUCCAGAAGUAGCACAAAAUGGUUCUGCAUAUCCCUAUUCUGAAAGGCCAACAUAAAAAAUGCUUAGACUCAUUCCUAGGUGCUAAUUACACAUUUUUGAUAUGUUUGGGAAAGUCGUAUCUACUGAGGAUUUUAAACUUUUGGUGCUCUUACUAUAGCACUCUUACUAUAGUCCUAAAAAUUGGACUAUUCUUGGGACAGAAGAAGGAAUGAUAAAGGAGGACUGGCACCAAAUCUUUGAAUUUUUCCCCACUGUUAGUUACCAUUAUUUAAUGGAACGCUCUGAAAUGUGGAUUUCUCAUUGCAGGAGAAAGAUAAAGAACAAGAAGAGUUUUUAAAGACCGCUUAGGUGAAUUGCUGGGAUGGGACAGAGGUACUACCCCAAGGAUCACAUAUUCUAUUGGACAUAGAUUAUAACUUGUUUUAAAUUACUGUAUGCUGCUCUCUAAGGAGCCUGUCUUCCACUGCUCCAUGUUAAAACAUAUUAGCAUAAGUGUUAUAGAAAUCUGUCGUGUCACAUCCCAUUAGCAAGAAGAGAAAAUUUAUCACGUCCUCUGUUUCUUAGGUUCAGGCUGUGGGUGCUGCUGCUUAUUUAGCCAAAACACCAUCAUUCACACAAAGAAGAGACAUCAGCAGGUGAAGUCUUGCAAAACAAUAAAACAUAUUUAGGAAGAGAGCAAAAACAUAUGGAGGAGAAAACCAAGAACAACUCAAUGAGGAAGGAACAUGGUCAGUUGUCACACAAUAUGGAGUGUUGGGGGGAGGAGGAGAAAUGGAAUGAAGUUGCUGAAAUUCUGAUACUGCAAACUCCGUACAAGUACUUAAAGUAAACUGGCUUACAGGGUAAUGUCUAUUACAGAUAGAGCUUCCAAAUUGCAAAAAGGGAGUAAAAGGGUGGUAAUUACGGUCAGCAAAAUAGCCUACUUUUCCAAGCCCAGUAUGAGCUUUAAAAACCAGAUGAAGGUCUUCAAUAGUUUGUCUGUCACACAAUCAUAUUGGUUUUCUCCCCAAGUACAAUCUAAAGUAGCACAGAGUCUAUAUCAAGCCAGUAUUUUAUUGCCAGAAUGAGGCAUAUGUAAUGCAGCAAUAAACUAAGAAAGAUUUUAUUCUGUCAAAGUUAUUUUGUCUUGCAUUUUAGAUUAAAA